AUGGUAAAAAGGGGAAGUUCUAACAGUAGUGGUAAAGGCAGUGGUGGAAACCAAACCGUUUCUUCUGCAAAAUCUUCAGCAAACGCUCGCUCGAACGCUCACAAUCCAACCGCUAAGGCUUAUAAUCCAACGGAUGAACUUGUCGAAUUUAAUGAUUUCAAUGAAAGAAAUGAAAGAAUAAACAUGAAUAUCAGCAAUACACUUGAUUGUUAUAUUAGCCGUUUUGACGACCAGGAAGGUUUUGUCGCGAGCGAAACUUACAGUGAUGAUUUUGCCAAGAAUGAUCCUUGCACUAUUCCUAGCUACAAUCAGGUUGCUUCAAGCUCAAGUAAUUCUUGCACCAGUGCUGUAGGUUAUCUUCGUGGUUCUUGUACCAGCGUCGAUAGCAACAAGGAAUCUUUAAUCUCCAGCAAUUCUUGUGGAGACGAUGUGGCAGAACAUGAAACGAGUUUUCAUUAUCCUAAUCAUGAUGAUUAUGAUCCCUCCAAAGAAAUUUCCAAUCAUAAAAAUUCUCGGAAAUCACAAAAUCGAAAAUACAAAUGUAAUCAAGAAAAUUGUGGAAGGACAUUAUCUUCAAAACGUUCCCUUCUAAAACAUCAAAGGUUACACUUGGGAUUUAAACCCUUUGAGUGCGAUGAAAUUGCUUGUGCGAAGAAAUUUACCAAUUUAAAAGGGUUAAAAACCCAUCAAAAGAUUCAUACAAGCGAUUGUCAUUAUAAUUGUGAAGAUUGUGGAAAGGUUUUCAUGACUCCUAAUCGUUUACGUCAACAUAUGAAAAUUCAUACCGGAGAACGCCCUUACAAAUGUGAAGAGUCUGGUUGCAUAAAGACUUUUAUUUUGGCCCAUCAGUUAACAGAGCAUAUUAGAACUCAUACGGGUGAACGUCCUUACAAGUGUAAGGAACCUGGGUGCGGAAAGUAUUUUGCGCGAUCAAAUAUGUUGUCGCGUCACAAAAGAAUCCACACUGGUGAACGUCCCUACAAGUGUAAGGAACCUGGAUGUGGAAAGUGUUUUACUCGAUCAAAUAUGUUGUCGCGUCAUAAAAGAAUUCAUACGGGCGAACGUCCCUACAAGUGUAAGGAACCUGAUUGUGGGAAGAGUUAUAUUCAAUGGGGUCAUUUGCAACGUCAUAUGAUAAGCCAUACCGGUGAACUUCCAUACAAAUGCAACGUACCUGGAUGCGAGUUGAACUUUCUUCGAUCUUAUGAAUUAAAGAAACAUAUAACAUCUCAUACCGGAAAAUCAUCGAAUGAUAAUGAUUCGAAUCCCACAUUAUAUUAUGAGAAGGGUAAUGACUUGUCUCACAACACGGGAAAGGAAUUCUUUAUGGUGGAUUAUAGUGACACGGAAAUUGAAACCAUCGUAGAUGAUGUCAGUAGUGAUACGAUCGAACCUGAUGAGUUGGAUUUCGAAUCCGAUAGCGAUGAGAGUGAUAACGUCGAUACAGGAAUUGAUGGCCCCGCAAAAGUUUCUGGAAUAUCGCAGCAAAAGAAAUACAGAUGUGACCAAGCUGGUUGUAGAAGAAAAUUUUCUUCUAUAUCCAUGUUUCAGCAUCAUCAAAAAAUACAUUCAAGAGAGAAACGUUAUGUGUGCAAUGAACCUCUUUGCGGGAAACGAUUCUCUCUGAAAAGCUAUUUGAAAAUUCACAUGAGAGCUCACACCGGCGAAAAGCCAUAUAAAUGUAAGGUAUCGGGUUGCGGAAAGAGCUAUGGUCGAUCUAGUCAUUUAUCGGAUCAUAUGAGAAAACAUACCGGAGAACGCCCGUACGCCUGUGAUUUCCCUGGCUGUGAAAAAAGAUAUUCUCGAUCUGGUCAUUUAACAGAUCAUAUGAGAACUCAUACUGGUGAGCGUCCAUACAAAUGUACUGCGUUGGGAUGCGGGAAGAGCUUCAUUCAAUCCGGUCAUUUUACUCGUCACAUGAAAAGUCAUGAUGAAAAAGUUUCAUUCAUAUGCGAUCAACCUGGCUGUGAAGCCAAAUACUCUCAAUCCAGUUUUUUAAGGAAGCACAAGAGAACCCAUAUCGAUGGAUAUUAUUUUCCUGAGAACAAGUCAUUUGGAUGCAGGGUACCAGGAUGCGGCAAGAACUUUACUAAACUUUAUAAUCUAACGCGUCAUAUGAAAGUUCACACUGGUGAAAAACCAUAUAAAUGUGAUGAACCCGGCUGUGAAAAAAAAUAUGCUCAAUCCGAUCAUCUAAAAGAUCAUAAGAGAAUUCACACUGGCGAACGACCUUACAAAUGUAAUGAAUGCGAGAAGAGCUUUACUCGAUCAUACUAUUUAAAAGACCACACGAGAAUUCAUACCGGGGAACGUCCGUACAACUGUGAUGAAUGUGGGAAGAGUUUUCCUCGAUCUAAUUACUUGGCAAAUCACAGGUUAAUUCAUGUUAGCGAAAAGCCGCAUAAAUGUAAAGAACCUGGUUGCGAAAAGAGUUUUAUUCGAGCGGAUCAUUUAAAGUACCAUAUGAGCAACCAUACAGGAGAACGUCCACACGAAUGUGAAGUACCCGAAUUGGAUUUGGAUUUUCGUCGUAUACCUGUUGACAUGGGAGAAAAUUAUAUUCAUGAUGAUCGAAAGAGAUCAGAAUUUUUCACAAACUGA